AUGGGCAAGAAGAGACGUGGUCCCUCGCUCGACGAGGUCUUGGAACGACCCUGGUGCUACUACUGCGAGCGCGAUUUUGACGACCUUAAGAUUCUCACUUUGCAUCAAAAGGCCAAGCACUUCAAAUGCGAGAGAUGCGGACGCAGACUGAAUACCGCUGGAGGAUUAUCGGUGCACAUGAGCCAAGUUCAUAAGGAGCAACUCACAGAGAUUGAGAAUGCGCUCCCCAACCGAGCAGGUUUGGACGUGGAAAUCUUCGGCAUGGAAGGUGUUCCUGACGAUGUGCUCAAGUCUCACCAACAGCGCGUCAUGACCCAAUUCCAACAGGCUGAGACCGAGCGACAAGCUGCCACCGGUAACCCUCCAGCUGGAGGUAGCGCUGGCGGCCAGCCAGCAAAGAAACCAAAGCUUGAGAACAUGUCCGAAAUGAAGAGGCGGUUAGCGGAGCACCGAGCCAAGCGCGCCGAAGGUCCUGCGGGUGGAAGCAGCGGCGAGGCAACUCCCGUGGGCGCGGGCCAGAACUCACCGGCGCCAGUCACAUAUGGACAACCACAGCCUGUAGGCGCCGAACCCGUGCAACAACACCCAUACCCCCAACCGUACGGAGGCGCCGCCGCUGCCGCCCCCUACCAACAAACCGCAAGUCCAGGAUACCAAACUUUCUCCCCGGCCAGCGGUCAGCAGAUUCCUGGCGCAGUAGCGUACCCACCUACAGGAUACCCACCUCAGCCAUUCCCCGGCGCACCCCCAGCUCUCGGUUACGGAGCCACACCACCACCAUUUCCCCAGCAGCAACCCACACCCACCGACUCCAACACGCCUCCUCGACACGGAAGCCUGCCCAUCCCAGCCGGACUCCCCCAACGCCCCGCCUUCGGCGCGCCGUCAGUCAACUCUCAGCAGAUGCAGCAGAUGCACAUGGGCCACCAGAUCCCGCCCGCCCCCGGCGCCAACGCCGCAUACACGAACGGAGAAGGCCAUAGCGAAACGGUCCAGGCCGGCUCGGGCUUAAAUGUUGACGAGCUGAUUUCCGGAGCGGCAAAGGAAGCAGCAGCAGCAUCGAAGACGAUCGAUCCAUCGACCGAUAAACCGAGCAAGAAGGACAAGUCUAAGCCGACGAGAAUGAUUUACUCGCACGAGACGGUCAGUCCUGAAGAGCGUAUGGCUCAGCUCCCCCCGUUCCCCGAUAACACAGUCCUCGGCGAGCUCCCUGCUUCGGCGGUGACGGGGGUGGUUCGGGACGAGAAUACCGUGCUCGACCCGGCACAGUAA